AUGUUCUGCCAAAGCUGUGGCCAACAAGUUUUAAAUGAAUAUUUGUACUGCUUUCAGUGUGGAACCAAGCUAGACACUGCUAUACCUUCUGUUAGGCUAUUAUUAUCAGCUGAAAACGUGACCGAGAAAGAAGCAAUAGAGGCUUACUUUUAUAGUGGGUUCAGUNAAUAGAGGCUUACUUUUAUAGUGGGUUCAGUUACAGGGUUAUUCUACUCUUCCUUGACAAGUACCAUGACAUGCCAAUGUCUAUGUCAACAUUGAAAAGAAGGUUAUGUGAAUACAACCUUAAAAGGAAUAAAGUGGAUAUAAAUUUGCCUGCCGUUGAGAAAUUAAUCCGAGACGAGAUGGAUGGCCCAGGAGGCAUUUGUGGUUACAGAGCAGUUUGGCAUAUGCUUCGUAUAAAGUAUGGGCUGUUUGUCCCUAGGCAAGAGGUAGAAUCCCUGAUCAGAACGAUAGACCCAGCUGGAGUGGAAGAGAGGAAGCGCCACAGGCUAAAAAGAAGGAAGUAUGAGUCUCCUGGACUAAAAUUAUUGUUGGCACGUUGA